CACUAAGGCAAGCUCUUUUGGAGCCUGAUAUCAGAGAAUGACGCGCAGAAAGAAUGAAAUGGCAGUGUUCAUUCUUUCCAGUUUUGAUUUCUUUGAAGAAGUUGAUGCAUUGACAUGCUAAGGCCAUCAACAGUAUAUUUCAGUUAUUAGAAGUCUAGAACUACAAGUGGAUCCACAUGAUACCAAAAACCGUUUUUCGAUCAGGCGUAUGUUGAAUUGUUCCCCUAUUCUCCUCCUUAUUUUAGCGUUAGAUGUAGAUUUUUCAAAUACCACUAGUACUUGUUCAGACGAGGUUGGUCCUCAAGUAAAAUCUCAUCAAGAAUCAAAUUUUGUCUAAAACCUCUGUUCUUUCUGUAUACUUUUUAUACGCUAGAAGUAGGUUCUUGUAGCCGUAGUGAGUGUGAGAUCGAUAAUGGCUCCCAUCGAGCAGCUUUCUGUCGAGAUGGAGGUUGAGCCGGAGGCAGAACAAGGCCCCACUGAGGAGAGGAUGCGAACUGAGCUGCAGAAGUUGAUGCGCGAAAAGGACCGCUUGGAGAACAAUAUAUCUGCGCUCACGGACUUUCUCUCUGGUGGCAACAUGCCUGGGCUGAGCGGAAAUAUACUGGACGAAGAUGGAUUCCCACGGUCAGACAUUGAUUUAUACCAGGUCAGGGAUGCGCGGAACAAAAUCGCGUGCUACCAGAACGACCAUAAAGCAAUAAUGAAGAAGAUCGAAGAGGGUCUGUGCAAUCUGCACAAAGUCAGCAGAGUGAGCGUGCCGAUUGAGAAGAAAAAGGGAGGUAUGCUUUUUCUUUUUUCUUGAAAUGUGGUCGGUGAUCGUGAAUGUGUUGUCUGUACUUAGACUUAUGAGAAUCGACGAUCGAUGAAGUGGAGCUUUUAAAUAUUUCCCCUGUCUGUUUUGGCAGAGAAACUUUUGUAUUUGGUAUGCACAAUAAGAAAAUGUCAGAGUCACAAUAAAUCUUUAAACGCGGUAGAAUUACAAUUGCUUUUCACUCUAUCUCUACAGUCACUCACCUUCUACCACUUUCACCCACAGUCUCCGGCCAUGUCGAUCGUGCUAAACGACUGAAGUUAGACGUUGGGCCGCCGUUUGCUGUCGUGAACUCAGUUGCUAGUGGUUCUCCCGCCGAGACAGCGGGCCUUCGGGAAGGCGACCUGCUGAAAAAAUUCGGAGCCGUAGUUUUAGGCAUGGGCACAACCAAAACCGUAGCAGACUGUUUUCGGGAGAUCAGAACACAGGUAGUCGAGAAUCAAGCUGUGGAGAUAGUUGUGGAAAGAAAAGGAGAUGAAGGAUCCUGCUCUGCAACAUCGUCUUCAGCUGGAAUAGUAUCAAACGGUGCUGGUGGUGGAAUGAUAGCUUCUUCACUUUCAGUAGCAACGCCAGUGGCAACAGCGCCUUUGACAACCCCUGCCACGUCUACAACUACCACAACAAGUCCACCUGGUUCUGUAUCUACUAGUGGGCAGCUGCAGAGAGCUGAGGAGAUUCAAUUAGAGUUAAUCCCUCAGAAAUGGAACGGCAUGGGCCUUUUGGGCUGUCACAUCAAACCUAUGGACGCAUGAUGAUAUCUUUCCUUUGCGACCAGCACUCAACAAACCCCAAUCCCAUUAUAACAUGAUUAUUUCCGUUUUUUAUUUCCGAAAAAGAAGUGAAGAUCCAUCAGUAGAACUGGCUGGACAUAAUUCUCCCUUGAAACCGCGAAGCCAACUGCGCAGUUGGCUUAGUGGUUUAGGCGUUGACCUGUACACUUAUCAAAACGCACCAGGACGAGGCCGAGGAUUAUGGUGCUAGUACUGCCAUCAUGAAAGUCAAUGUCACUCUUCAAAAACGAAGGUAACAGUUGUAGCAUUUUGAUGAUGAUCUUUAUUUGAUCUCGUUGCGAGAGAGCAUUUCUAGAAG